AUGAUCCAUCUAAGCAAGGCUGGUGGUUGUGGCCUCAAUUUGAUAGGUGGGAAUCGACUGGUCUUAUUUGACCCUGAUUGGAAUCCUGCCAAUGACAAACAAGCUGCUGCAAGAGUCUGGAGAGAUGGACAAAAAAAGUGUACCAGCGUCAGAUGUCAAAAGAAGGGCUUCAAAAAGUUAUUUAGCAGGAACAAACAGAUAAAGCUAAGGACCAGGGGAACUUUCUCUCAACAGAAGAUCUAUGGGAUCUAUCCACAUUUCGUGAGAAUGUGAGGUACGUGUCUCCUCACAUUUCGUGAGAAUCAUCAGAUGCAUU